AUGACUGCUGUUGCAUCACCGCCUAGUGUGCAAGAGGGUCCUCGCUUGGGAUGGUACGACUCUGGUAAAGGAGGACAAGGAGCCCUGACUUCAAUGAACGACGAAGUUUCACGGAUGUUCAUGCCACGGAAGACGAUUCAGAGAUCCAACUCCUCGUCGUCUUUAGGAUCAAACUCCUCCACCUCCACCAUAGUCGCCGGUUCACAAAACGCUCAUGCAGUACAAAGUAACAACGCUGAAUCUGGUACCUGGUCUUCGAAGAAAAAGUCCUCCAGGAGUAUUUGGCCGAGUACCAAGUCUGAACCGGCAACUGGAGUGAGUACCACACGCACCCAGGUGAUGCCUGCAUUCUCCUCUGGGCCCGGUGCUGCUUCGACCAUGUCCGCUCUCCAUCAGCCUUCGUCUAUUGUUCCCUCGCAGCACAUGCUCCAGUCUUCCCAGCAGAAUGGCGUCCGCGCUGGCAGCGCGCCAUCUGGGGAGCCGCCGGCCAUAUUGACGCUUCUGCCAAUCAAUGGCACCUUUGAAAAAAAGCAGAUUACUGUUCCUUUUUACCCAGAAAUUUUGCGAAUUGGACGACAGACAAAUGCGAAAACCGUUCCUACUCCUGUGAACGGGUUCUUCGAUUCCAAAGUGCUUUCUCGACAACACGCGGAGAUAUGGGCGGACAAGACUGGCAAAAUCUGGAUUCGAGAUGUCAAAUCGUCGAACGGGACCUUUGUCAAUGGCCAGCGCCUGUCUCCGGAGAACCGCGAGUCGGAACCACACGAACUUCGCGAAAACGACACCCUGGAGCUGGGGAUUGACAUCGUCAGUGAGGAUCAAAAGACGAUCGUCCAUCACAAGGUCUCCGCUAAAGUUGAGCACGCUGGGAUCUAUGGGACUAUGCCAAACAUCUUCGACCUCACCCUGGGAGAUUUGGAUCCCGCUUCUGGUAACGGUCUUCUCCCUUCCCCGCUCAGUCAGCCUCUGUCGCAUCUCCGAGGGCGCUCCGGGAGCACGAUGAGCAAUAGAAGCUCGCAAAGCGCUGCGAGCAGUCAACUCAGUGCGUUGCAGCAGCAACGUCAGAUGAAUUACUGGAAUUCUCCAAUCUCCAUCGAACAGAUUGUCAAGCGGCUUACAAGUGAAAUGAAACAGGCAAAGCAGCAAGCACAAGAUCUCCGGCAAACCGACGAAUUUUUGACUUCUUUGACGAAACCGGGUCACCAAGAAAAAGAGAAAGCAAAGCACUCGCCACCAGACAGCGGUGUCUCGCGUCAAAUUCUCAGAUCCCCUGCACCACCACCGCAGCAACCACUUCCCGAAAAGCCUGAUGCACCGCCCCGCACGGGUGCCGAUGCAUUCUCUCCUCUCAAACGGUCGGAUACGGAGAAGCCGAAAUUAGGUUCAAGUAACUCUCCUGUUUCGCGUGAGUCCAGUCAGAUCCUGUCUUUAAUCGAGGCAUUGUCGUCCGCCAAGCGGGAGCUGGAUAGUCAGGGUGCCCGUGUAAAGGAAUUGGAGACUCUAUUGCUGCAAGAACGCAACGCACGGGAGUCUGCAGAGGAGAAGGCCAGAAAUCUGGAGCUGCAGGCAAAGGGCAUCGACGGAAAAUCGCUCGAACAGGGUAUGGGUGCUCGGUCCGAUGAUGUGGCGAUCAGCGAGAAGCACGCCCAUGAGCAGCCUACCAACGCGGAAAUGCCUCCUAACUCGGGCUCAGACAAAUCGUCCACCUCAGAAACGCUAGCAGACACUCAGGCUUAUCAUUUGCAACUUCGCCUUGAAAUGAUGAUGGAAGAAAUGGAGGAAAUGAAGAAGCAAGUCGCAAUGUUUAGAAAUAGGGCAGAAAAAGCGGAGAGCGAGACGGUGGAAGCACGCAAGUCCCUGGCGGAGCUGAUCGACACUCUGCGGCGUGAGCGUGCAGAGAAGUACGAGAUAAGCAACGAAUCUGCAGCGCAGGAAAUUGCUAUUACUCGCGAUCAUUCGCCGACUGACGAUGCCGGCCAUGUUGGAGGCGGAGAAGUCGAGAAGCAAGCACAUCCAAUCACAACACCGUCAUCGUCAUAUACCAACGUCAAUGGUUCUGGCACGGCGUUCGCGAAACAGCCCUUGAAACACCAUGUUCUGGAACAGACCAGCCCGUAUGCGUCGAUGCUUGGAGUGGUACUUCUAGGGGUAGGCCUUAUGGCAUACCUGAACGGAUGGCAGAAGAUGGACAAGUAA